GACAAUUCUGGCACAAAAUUCGUAUUUGUAAAAUAAAUGUAUACUUUUCAUAUCAGAUUUAGAUUGUGUAUAGACCACCCUAUACUUACUAAAACCAUUGAUUUUCGUUUGAUAAACAGUAAAAUGGUCUCAAUGAAUCCAAGAAGAAGCAAGACCACCAUUAAUAAUUCUAUAAAUGAUCAAAAUGAUGUUUUAAAGAUUGUAGUUACUGAUGGAGCCACAGAACUCGCACUCGCGUUUCUGAGUAGAAUAUUAUAUGACAAAGUUUUUGGAGAACAUCAGUUAGUUUUUAUUAGCAUUUUCGAUUUCAAGGACAAAGCGUUGUUCCUGGAGCCUGUUGCGAUUGAGCUCACCUCUUUUAGCCCCAGCAAUCUGCACGGUAUUAAUCAUGGUCAUAAUCCAUCAGUCCAAUUUAAGGAUGCAGAUGUUGUAAUUUGCAUUGGCCUUGCAAGGGAGUACGAGUUCACUGAAGAUGAAUACACGGAUCCAUUUUUUAAAGACUACAUUCUGAUUUCAAAGUUCUAUGGUCAAGCUAUAGAAAACUAUGCGAAAAGGGAUGCAAAAAUUAUUGUGAUUGGAAACAUUGCUGCUACAAUUAUAUCCAAAUAUGUGAAGUCUAUUCCCUCCACUAACAUAACUGCCAUAUCAAUGUUCAAUUUAACUAUUACUAAAGCCUGUAUUGCUGCUCGAGCAAAGUGUCUUCCAACAGAGGUCAAAAACGUGAUUAUAUGGGGCACGAAUAACAAGUUCAACUUUUCUGAUUGUAGGUACAUGUUCUUCACAGAUGGAAGGAGUACGCACAAUAAUUUUAAAGUGUGGCUACGAAACACUCUUCCACAGCUUUUGCAAAAUAUCAGUAACAGACCAUAUUGCGUUAGAUCAAUGGCAUAUGGAUUGGCUGAACACUGUAAAAUCUUAUGGAAUGACACCCCAGAAAAUGAAUGGACUUGCAUGUCAGUUGCAUCUGAUUAUUCUUAUGAUAUCCGGUCUGAUAUAUUCUUUUCAUUUCCUGUGAUUUGUAAGAAUCGAAAUUAUGAAAUUGUACAGGAUCUGGUUAACGAUGAGUACAUUCAAAAAUACAUUCACAAACUGAGCAAAUUCAUUGCCAGAGAAGUUCAUGUUGCUCUUAAAAUCUGUGGUUUAAGAAAGCACGGUUAAACAAUAGCGGUCAAGACAUAUUCUUUUUUCCAUUCGUUUAAAUACAUUGCACUAUCUACGUA